AUGGUUUGGUGGGAUGUGGUGUUGGUUUGGUGGGAUGUGGUGAUGGUGAUGGUUGGGUGGGAUGUGGUGAUGGUUGGGUGGGAUAUGGUGAUGGUGAUGGUGAUGGCUGGAUGUAAUAUGGAGAUGGUGAUGACUGGAUGUAAUUUGGGGAUGGUGAUGGGUGGCUUUGUUGUGGUGAUGUUAAUGUCUGAAUAUGAUAUGGAGAUGGUAAUGACUGAAUGUAAUUUGGAGAUGGUGGUGGGUGGCUUUGUUGUGGUGAUGUUAAUGACUGAAUGUGAUAUGGAGAUGAUGAUGACUGAAUGUAAUUUGGGGAUGGUGGUGGGUGGCUUUGUUGUGGUAUUGUUAAUGUCUGAAUGUGAUAUGGAGAUGAUGAUGACUGAAUGUAAUUUGGGGAAGGUGAUAGUCGGGUAUAUUGUGGUGAUGACGACAUCUGUAAAAUAG